GAACUUUCUGGGAAUAUUUCCCCCCAAAACAAAAUUUUUUUUGUUCGGAAUUCUAAACCCGGAUAAAAAUUUUCAUCCGAAAAAAUGUGGCAAAAUCGUGUGUUGAAUUUUUUCAAAGCCAGCACUCAAAUGGGUAUUCAUAAUCAAGUUUUAAGAAAUGUACAAAUUGUUGAACUGACUAAAGGUCGAAUUGUAGCCGAUAUGAAAGUAACAAAAGAAUGUUGUAAUCCAGUUAAUUAUCUACAUGGUGGUAUGAGUACAACAAUGUUUGAUGUUCUUUCAUCAAUGGCAUUACGUUCACAUUUUGAAGCCGACAAUAUUGAACCACCAAUAACUGUUAGUGUUGAAUUAUCAUUAUCAUUUUUAGCUGGUGUACCUGAAGGUAAAACUAUUCGUUUGGAAACAGAAACAUUAAGAGUUGGUAAUAAAAUUGCAUUUUUAAUUGGUAAAAUUUAUGAAAAAGAUUCAAACAAAUUGGUUGUUACCGGGAAACAUACCAAAUUUUUAAUGUAGAAAUUUUUAUUUUUAUUAAUUGAAAUAUAUUUUUGUCUAUAAAAUUCUCGUAUUUAUCACAUCAUACAUAAAAUGUUACCAUUUUG